GUGUGUGGCGGGAUUGGGUGCAGGCGGUCCGGCCGCCGGCCAUGGCCUUCACUUUCGCCGCUUUCUGCUACAUGCUCUCCCUGGUGCUGUGCGCUGCGCUCAUCUUCUUCGCCAUCUGGCACAUCAUUGCCUUCGAUGAGCUGAGGACAGAUUUUAAGAGCCCCAUAGACCAGUGCAACCCCGUGCAUGCGCGGGAACGGCUGAGGAACAUCGAACGCAUCUGCUUUCUUCUGAGGAAGCUGGUGCUGCCGGAGUACUCCAUCCACAGCCUCUUCUGCAUCAUGUUCCUGUGUGCGCAGGAGUGGCUCACCCUGGGGCUCAAUGCCCCGCUGCUGUUCUAUCACUUCUGGAGGUACUUCCACUGCCCAGCGGACAGCUCCGAGCUGGCCUACGACCCGCCGGUGGUCAUGAAUGCAGACACCUUGAGCUACUGUCAGAAGGAGGCCUGGUGUAAGCUGGCCUUCUACCUCCUCUCCUUCUUCUACUACCUGUACUGUGUAAAGCAAGUUGACAUGAUCUAUCCAAGAUAGCAUCACCCUCCUGCCCAGCAUGAUCUACACUUUAGUGAGCUCUUAACUCAGAGGCCACGCACGUCGUCAGAGACUGGACGGGAGCGCGCCGAGGCCGAGAAGUCACUUGUGCGGGCAACUGGAGAAGGGACAGGGUGGGUGAGGAGGAGACCGGGCCGACACUGACUGCCUCGGAAGGAAUGGAAGGAACGGAGCGGCGGCAGCGGGAGCUGAGUUAACCGCCGUGUGUUGUCACCUGUGAACCACAGCGAACAUCGCUGUUUCCCGAGUCCGCUUCAUCUCGCAGCUCCCAGCUGGUCCGCUCUGGUUUCCUGGACCGUGGGAGUGGGGGCUGGGAGGCCCGAAGGUGCCUGCUACCGAACGGAACGACCAGAGUCAGGCUGAGUCUGUGGGACCCACGGAGGGCCUCGGAGGGCCUGGGCUACCAAAGGCUCUGUUUCCUCCCUGCCGGGGCCGGCCAUGCCCUUGCCCUCCGAGGAGGGUCCGGAAGGUGCGCCAUGGCCUUCGCCGUGGCCGGCGUGACCUGCAGGGCUGCCGUGCUCCGCCCUGCUUCGUGAGAGCCCAGCUUAGUGACACCCUGAGCUGGGUUUGGGGCAACGCGUUGCUAAUAAAGUUGCCCAAAGUCACAGACGUGGGGUGGGGUGGGGUGGGAAGGGGGAGCCAGGGAAAAAUGACUUGGAGAAACAUUGACUCCAGGUUCAAGGUGUUACCAGCCAAAGCCAUCACAGCCCCCGAGUGCAAAUCCACCGGUCGGCACUCGUCGAAGCCGCGUCUUGCAAGGAACCCCCAGCUGUUCCAAGGCCGCUCUGAACGGUGGGCACUCGGCAGCUCGGAAAGGAGACGACAUGGUAACAGCUCCGUUUUACGAUGCCGCGUGUUCAUGCUGCUUAACCCGAGGACGCGCGCUUCUUCAGGAGUUUCCACGCGACACGCUCUCCGUUCUGAGGAGGAGUUGUGGCAGGAGGCAGUCAGUAACGUCAAGGCUGAGAUGCGGAGGAUGCUCAGAUUGGGUGCAGUGACCUUUGACCUUAUUCCCCCCCACUUCCCCUCUUUCCUCCUGUUUGACACACGGGCUAUUUAUUGUACAUGUGCCCAGCUCCCGCCGGAGCCCUGUGACUCAGGGUCAGGAACGGUGUUGGUGGGACACGUGUGUGCUACGUUGGACACACGUGUGCUAUGUUGGACACAUGUGUGCUGUGUUACAGCGUGGGGACAACUUGAGUGUCCGGCCGACCUGGCUGUUUCGUGUAGGCCUCAUCCCUGGCUGGCUGCGUCUCCAUAGGGUGGGUGAACUGGUAGGUAGAGAAGGGCAGGGUUUCAGAAGGGCAUUUGGCUUCUAAAAAUUCUACAGGAGACAAAAGGCAGACGUCUGCCUUCAGAGCCGGGGACGUCGAGGCACUAUUUCUGGGACCAGGCUUCCCCCGACCGAUCCCGUGGGCCCGGCUGGCUACGUGUGGUUGGGACAGAGUUGCCUUCAGGGCUGGUUGCCUCGGUCUUUGACGUCAUUCCUUGAGGAGACCUUCUUCCCGAGAAACAAGCCUUGUGUCCAGGCUGCUGGCAGCAGUUCUGUCUCCACGGCCGCCUCACAAAUACAGCGGAUGAGGGCGUCCGGGGUCCAGCUCAUUCUCCCCGUAGAGCUGUUGGGUUUAGUUGUGAACUUGCCUCCUUCCAGGAAGAUUUGAAUGAGCUUGUAAUAGUGGACACCAGGACACAGGGACUGCUCUAAUGGGAAUUCGGCUUUAUAACGAAGAUGAGCACAGAGAUACCCGUUUCCUGAGAGAGUCUGUUUACCGUGACGGAGCAUUAAAUCCACGGUUUCUCUUAGCGGUAAAUUGCAGCAAUUCACAGUCACAGCGCGCUUAACAUUUCACACUUUGCUUUCACUCCUUCUCCUUCGAUCCUCCUCUCAAGCCUAAGACGUUGAUACUGUUCUUUUUCUCUACGUGAGGCAGCUGAAGCCCAGAGCGGGCCAGUGACUUACCUAUAGUCACACAGCAGUCACAAACCUGCCUCUGAAGCUACUAGUGCAUUGUCUGACUUUCAAAACCCCAUGUCCGCCCUAGCGGGUUUGGCUCCGUGGUUAGAGCGUUGGCCUGCCGACUGAGGGGUCCUGGGGUCAAUUCCAGUCAAGGGCACGUACCUGGGUGGCAGGCUCGGUCCCCGGCCCCGAUCCGGGGGCGUGUGCGGGAGGCAACCAAUCGAUGUGUCUCUCUCACAUUGAUGUUUUUUUUUCCUCUCUCUCUCUCUCCUCCUCCUUUCCAUUCUCUCUCGGAAUCAAUGGGGAAAAUGUCCUCGGGCGAGGAUUGGCAAAAAAUAAAAAACAUUAAAACC